AUUUUACUACUAAUACAUUUGAAUACAAAUUUUGUAGACGAAGUCAUACUUAUAUCAUUCUUAAUACUUAAAAUUUGCGAUAAACACAUAUACAAUAAAGGAAGUCGUUUGUACUCAGGGAGAAUUUUACUGAUAAAGCUUAUAUUUAUGCCUAUACCAUCUUAUGAGGAUUAUAAGGCGGAAAUAUGAUCAAGACUGGGAGUUCCUCCUACGAUUUGACAGAAGUGUCGCUGCAUGAUGAGCACGAGUCCCCGGUCGUGCAUGCGAAAGACGUCCGCCGACUCAAAUUCCGGUUCUACGCCGCUCUUGGUGUGGCCGGCGUCAUCAUUCUGGGUCUUAUUAUUGGAGUCGCGGUCAAGGGCAAUGGAAAAGGUGGCGGCGGAGGAGGGGGAACUACUGUGACGCCAUCAAAUACUUAUAUGACGUCAAACCCGACGUCAAAGCCUACGUCUUCGAAAACCGCCAACCUAGGGAACCUUUCAGUCACUUGGGGCUCUGGCGUUAGUUUUAACAUUGCAGACAAAGGUCAAUGGUCCCACAAUGACGCUAAUAAAAGCACACCGUUGCUAUCUCCAACUAAUUGUUCUUCUACCAUUGCUGUAAUCUGUCUGGAAUGGGCCGAUGAUCGUCGAUUGAAAGUAUCCCGGAAGAAUGACAUCACUAACGAACAAAAUGCAUCGCUCUCCUGUUAUGACGUCGAGUGGACGGCUCUGAAAUGCGUCGGUCAAGUAUUAACCGACUGUUUCAACACAAGUGGUGCCCAUUGGUACGGCGGAUAUGAAGACCAUGAUCAGCAUUGGCCAUUUGAGAAGAACUCUAUCAAAGAAACAUCCUAUACAGGGAACGACCCAUUUCAUCCUGGCGUCAUUGGUAACAUUCUGGAGCGAUAUUUUGUCUCCUCAAAAGGGGUUGGCGUACUUCCCGGAAGUGACGUCAUGGUGGAACGGAAACGAUUCUGGCAUACUUGA